AUGGAGAAUCUCAAGUUUGUCAAGGAUGGUGUCUCAGUGAGUCUUCCUACUGGUUUUAAGUUUGAACCCAGUGAUGAAGAGCUCAUUCUCCAUUACCUGCACAAUAAGGUCAUGUCCCGCCCAUUGCCCGAUGACAAUAUUAUACCCGAUUUCGAAGUCUGGAAAUCGGAUCCAUGGGAUAUGCCAGGUGAUUCUGAGAAAUAUCGCCACUUCUUCAGCAUGGCUUAUAAUGGAUCCGUGAACCCAAAUGGGGACAUCCCCAACAGCUACGGCUACUGGAGGCCCACAGGAUUCGACAUACCAAUCACGGUUACUAAGGGAUUUGAGUUCAUUUUUGCAAUGAAGAAAAUCCUUUCCUUUUACAGAGGAAACUCUCCCAACGGUACCCAGACGGAUUGGAUAAUGCAUGAAUAUCGCCUGCCUGCAGCUUCCCCUGCCGCCGCCGCCGCCGCCGCCGCCCACGUUUCGGCGGUCAAUCCCUUCAAAAAGAUCAAGCUUUCGGAGAUCUCAGAUGAAGCCGCGGCCGCCAUGGACAAGUACUGGGUGCUGAUCAAGAUUUUUAGGAAGAAGAAUGAGAGGAAGAAGGAGGUGAAGAAGGUGGUGAAAAUGCCGUUCAUCUCAGGUCGGAACUCUGCUCCUGCUUCGUCAAGCAACAAACCUUAG